AUGGUGCGACCUCCAACAAAAUCUGUAGCACGGAUCUAUCGAGAUGUCAACGCCAAUUUCGGUCCUGCAUGGCAUGAAUAUGAUAACCUUCAAGUACAGUGGGGAACGCAGGAUCACUACGAGAUAGUGCGCAAAGUUGGCAGAGGAAAAUAUUCAGAAGUUUUUGAAGGUGUCAAUGUAGUUAAUGAUGAGAAGUGCAUCAUCAAAGUGCUCAAGCCCGUAAAAAAGAAGAAAAUAAAGAGAGAGAUCAAGAUCCUACAAAACCUUGCAGGUGGUCCUAACGUCGUGGCCCUCCUCGAUGUCGUCCGAGAUCCUGCUUCGAAGAUCCCCAGCCUAAUAACGGAAUACGUCGACAACGUCGAUUUCAAGGUCUUAUAUCCUCGUUUCACUGAUUACGAUGUCCGCUUUUAUAUGUUCGAGCUUCUCAAGGCACUGGACUUCUGCCACUCGAGGGGUAUAAUGCACAGGGAUGUCAAGCCUCAUAAUGUCAUGAUUGAUCAUGAACAGCGCAAACUGCGGCUGAUAGACUGGGGCUUGGCUGAAUUCUACCACCCGAAGGUUGAAUACAAUGUUCGCGUAGCUUCACGUUACUUCAAAGGACCGGAGCUGUUAGUGGACUUUCAAGAGUAUGAUUAUAGCCUGGAUAUGUGGAGCUAUGGUUGCAUGUUUGCGUCUAUGAUUUUCCGCAAAGAACCAUUUUUCCAUGGUCACGACAACUAUGACCAGCUGGUCAAAAUAGCAAAAGUUCUUGGCACGGACGAGCUCUAUGCAUACAUCGACAAGUAUGGCAUACGACUUGAUCCCCAAUACGACGAACUCCUUGGAAGGUAUCCUCGGAAGCCUUGGACUCGGUUCAUCACAUCCGAAAACCAGCGUUAUAUAUCGAAUGAAGCGAUCGACUUCUUGGAUAAGCUACUGCGGUAUGAUCACCAAGAGAGACUGACCGCUCGCGAAGCCCAAGCACACCCUUACUUCGAACCCGUACGCAACCCCGCGUCUGGCACUUCUGCUGACGGUGAGAGCGAGGACUCUGGAGCAUCGUCAACCUGAUCUAUAUUCCACUUCUCUUUAUCUCUGAUUGCGAAAGUUUUGUACUACUUCCUUUGCAUAUAAUCCUG